AUGUCUGCAGAAAACGUUAAGCCCACCAGGGCAGCUGGUCGAGUGCGCUCGGCCUGUGAUGCAUGCCAUCAAUCCAAAGUUCGCUGCUCAGGGGGUAGUCCCUGCGUGUCGUGUGCCGUGUCGCAGGCGCUAUGCACAUACAGCGUGGGCAGCCGCCUGGGGAGGCCCAAGGGAAGCAAAAAUAAGCGGACGCUGGCCAUGCAGCAAAGCCACAGGAACAGCCAUCCGGGAGGCUCGAGGGCAUCCAAGGACGGCAACGACCCGCGGUGGACCUCCCACAGACGCCACGACCAGGAACACGGCUCGUUCUCGCCCCGGGGGCAGGUCCAGGCAAGUAAUGCCGUACUUUUGGAGAGUAUUUCCGAUUCCCCGUUCGGGCCGGAAUGGUCAUCAUGGCUCCAUUCGGUCGGAGGGGAUCUUGAUCUUGACGGCAGUCUUAACGAGGGGCUGGGCAUGUCUUUUGACCCGGCACCCUCGUACGUACCAACCCCCCCCGACACAGCCCUUACCCCGGACGCAACCUGGAGAGAUUUCCUCGACGCACCCAAGUCAGAGUCCGAUUUUGCUGGAGCUCUCAAUCUUGAGAACCCUUUCUCGCUACAGCGGAAGCAUUAUCAACCCACCCCCUCAUCUCAAGCCCAAGUGUCACCGAACACAUCGUCAUUAUUAUCCUCACCAGAACGAUCACGGUGCUCUUGUCUUCAGCAGCUCGUCCAGCUGGUAUACCAUUUAGAAGAUCUCCAGUACGCCCACACCGGUAGCCCCUCGAUCGACAGCGUGCUCCAUGGGGUGCGAAAGGCCCAGGCACCGUGGAAGCGUCUUAUGCAAUGCAGUCACUGCAGAAGCAAUUACGACACGGAGGUAUUUCUCUUGUUCGCUAUGAGUAUCCGAACUCUCCUGUCCUCCGUGCAGGUGCUCUAUACAGCGUAUCAGAAUGCUUCCCAGGAUCUCCAAACCGCACCGUCAUCCGCGACAGUCUCACCACCCGAAUCUACUGCGGAGUCGGAGGAAUUCAGUGUCAGCGUGUCUGUGGGCAAUUAUGAGCUGGUCGCCGAGGAAAAGAGUCUGGCCCUAGGACUGAUGAUCCGCAAUGCCCUGCGCAGCAUCGCCGCUGCAUUUGUCUAUCUCUGGGAGAGAACGGACCAGUCGAUCCCUCUCUCCCAUCUACGAGAUACCCACCGUACGGCUGGUGUCUCUCCCGGGAGCUGUGUCAACUGCGACUCCAAUGGGCUGCUUCAGCGGCUGCGACAGUAUCCCCUGGAUCUGAGCCAUCUGGGAGCGGAGGAUGUCAGAUCUCUACUGGAUCAUCUGCAGACUACCAUGAGAACAUUGGAGGGACUCCAGAGGCAGAAUGAAAAGCAUGUUUGA